AUCGAUGUGGCAACGUUAACAUUCCCUUAGCACUGCUCAAUAAAAUUUUGGUUUUUUUUCACCUAAUUUGCCCGACGUGAAUUAAAUUAUACUGAAGAUGAGUUAUUCCGUUGAUCCACGUAGAAAAGAAAAAAUCAAUCGCUACAAGGCACCUAAGAACCAAGGACAAAGUGGUGGUGCCAAUGAGGACAUGAUGCCUGACUAUAUGAAUAUUCUGGGAAUGAUUUUCUCUAUGUGUGGUCUGAUGAUGAAGCUCAAAUGGUGUGCCUGGUUUGCACUGUACUGUUCUUGCAUCAGCUUUUCCAGCUCACGCGCCAGUGACGAUGCCAAACAGGUGCUAUCUUCCUUUAUGUUGAGUGUAAGUGCUGUGGUCAUGUCAUAUCUGCAAAAUCCAGCUGCUAUGACGCCACCCUGGGCAUCGUAAUACAGAGUACACAAUUUAGUUGCUGCUAGUUAAAUGAAUGAAACUUUAUUAUUCUCCAAAAACUCAAAUGACAAUUGGGUGUGUAGAAAGUUUUUAAUAAAUUAUCCACGGAAGUUUGUAAUAAAUUUAGCUAAAGAUAUUUUUUUCAAAUGUAAGUAGUUGGGUCUAGCAGUGAAACUCUACGUGGUGAGUAUGUAAUAGGCAAACAGAAUAAAAGCCAAAAUAUAAAUGGUACCAAAAA